AUGUCUCCCAGAAAUUCGGAUAUAGAAGUGGGGGAUGUUGACAAGGCAGGCAGUCAAAAUGUCGAAAUCGUCGCCAACGCCGACAAGCCGAAUCCCCAAAAGGAAGCACCUGCCUACGUCGCCAACCUAACGGCCGAAGAGCGCACGAAAGCCGAAAGGGCUUUGGUGCGCAAGAUCGACAUGCGACUGCUACCCAUGAUCAUCAUCAUGUACAUCCUGAAUUACCUCGACCGAAACAAUAUUGCCUCAGCUCGAUUGGCGGGCUUGGAAGAAGACCUAGGCCUAGUAGGUAACCAAUUCGCAACCUGCGUCAGCAUCUUGUUUGUUGGUUACCUGCUAAUGCAGAUCCCGUCCAACCUGAUGCUAAACAAAUUCGGCAAGCCGGCCCUAUACCUCCCGAUUGCGAUGGUACUAUGGGGUAUCAUAUCUACUGCAACAGCUGCCGCUAAAAGCUAUGCCGGUCUUGUGGUAAUUCGAUUCUUCCUUGGUUUCGUGGAGGCAGCCUACUUCCCAGGCUGUUUGUACUUCCUGAGCGCUUGGUAUACCCGCAAGGAGCUGGGAUUCCGUACUGCGGCGCUGUACUCGGGAUCCUUGCUAUCUGGCGCUUUCUCCGGCUUGAUUGCGGCUGGAAUUACAAGUAACAUGGACCAUGUCCUCGGACUACGUGCUUGGAGAUGGCUGUUCAUCAUCGAAGGUGCUGUCACUAUUGUGGUUGCUUUUGCUGCCAUUUGGGUCCUGCCAAACUUUCCGCGUACCACUAGCUGGCUGUCAGAAGAAGAGAAAGAACUUGCGAUUUGGCGCCUGGAAGAGGAUAUCGGCGAAGACGACUGGGUUGACAGCGAGCAUCAAACCUUCCUCCACGGCGCCAAGCUCGCCUUCACUGAUAUCAAGACUUGGAUUCUGAUGCUCAUGAUCUUGUGUAUCGUCUCUUCCGCUUCCGUGACCAACUUCUUCCCCACAGUUGUCAAAACCCUCAACUUCGGCAACAUCGAGACUCUUCUACUUACCGCACCACCCUACUGCUUGGCAGUCAUCUGUGCUUUCGCCAACGCAUGGCACGCAGAUCGGACGGGUGAAAGAUACUUUCACGUCACGGCACCAUUAUACAUCUCCGUCGUGGCGUUUAUCAUCGCAGCUACAACAACAGGCACGGCACCCCGCUAUGUGGCAAUGAUGCUGAUGGUGCCGUCUUUCUACGCGGGCUAUGUCGUUGCCCUGGGCUGGAUCUCGAACACUCUGCCCCGUCCUGCAUCGAAGCGUGCUGCUGCACUCGCAGCUAUCAAUUGCGUUAGUAAUGCUAGCAGUAUCUACGCUAGCUACAUGUACCCCAAUAGCGAUGCCCCACGCUUUGUGCCUGCUAUGUCGGUCAAUUGCGCAACGGCAUUUAUCGCUAUUGUAUCAGCAACCGUUCUCCGCUUCAUGCUAGUCCGACUCAACAAGCAGCUUGACCGUGGCGAGGAGGUUGAGGGUGCUGUUCCUGGUGAGGGAAGCCGCCGUGGAUUCCGGUUCUUGGUUUAA